AUGCCGCCUGAAACAUCUAAAAAUCGCAUUUCCAAAGGAAAAGUUGGGCGAUCAUGCUCAAAACACAUUUUAAAUAAUAUUGGGCCAUGUUUAUAUACCCCAGAAAAAAUUUUAUCAAUUGAAUCUCUCCCAAAAGUUUUCAGUUCCUCAAUAAACUGUGCCAUAACACUAUCACAACCAGAUAAAAGUGAAAAAUCUGUUAAUCAUAUUUUUAUUAAUAACUAUGAGAUUGAUGAAAUGAGAUUUGGAGGUAAAAUUCAAAACAUCCAAGAACCUGCAAGAAAUUUCAACGGCGGAUACAAUAUUCGAAUCUUUGUUGAAGAUUUUAGUGGACUUAUUGCUGCUACUGAGUUUUAUAAUAUAGGAGAUAACAGAUAUUCGGUUACAAGAGACAAGGCCACUUACAGUUUGGUUUUUAGUGACAACCAGAAUCAAAUACCCAAAUCUUUAAAAGAAAGUUAUGCUCACAGAUUUUCUAUUGGUGAUCAUGUACUUAUCGAAGGUCGAACAUUGACUCCAACACAUUGGGAGGACAUUACUGAAAACCAAGAUGGUGAUAAAACAAAACCCAAUACUACAUCCAGAGAAAACCUUUUCCUAUAUGUCAACUUAACUAACAUUAAAAAAGCAACAAAAGCUGAACUUGGUCAACACGCGAUUGAUAUAAUAAUUAACUAUUGUCUUAUUCGAACACCAAGUAACGAAAAAACCAAAAUAUCCGAAUUAAUUUUAACAGACCUUAAAUCUUAUAAGCCUGAAAAUGAACAAGAACAAUUUGAAAAUAGUGAAUUCGAAAUCGAAGAAGAGGAAAAGGAAGAGAGAAAGGAAGAGGAAGAGGAAAAGGAAGAGAUAAAGGAAGAGGAAGAGGAAGAGGAAGAGGAAGAGGAUACUAAAGAAAACGUUGAAUCCGAUAUAAAUAAAGCAAACUACAAAGGUGAAAAGCCUUUUAUUGGUGCUUUACAUUCAGCUAUGGCAGAUAUAUUUUUAGACGAAUUUUUUAAGGCAGUUCCAAGAUGUGAAAAAUGA